CCAACCUUCCGUGGUUAUUCUGCCUGUCGAGGCUCGAGUCCAUCGAUUACUCCAAACUUGGGUUUUGGUAAUUUUUUGCCUGUUGGGUGUUGUCCAAAGAGAAAAACCCUUCAAAACCUCCCAAUGGUUAUCCGCACUCUCUCUGUUUACCCUGCGAAGCACUCGAAGACUGAAGCUCCCAUGUACAAAUCUCCAUUACCUCCGUUCUUUCAUCCACGCGACCUUGAAACUCUCUAGUAUACCCAUUCUUCUUCUUCUUCUUUUUCUUCAAUGGCAUCUCUCAUCCGAGUAUCCGACAUUUCCACGCCUCUUGUCUUGAAGGACAGUUCAUCUCCGAGGCUUUGGACACUUUUCGGUCUUCGGUGCCUCACUUGCCACUUCAAAACAAAACCUUCACUUUCACUCGCCAAAGCUGUUUACACUCAAGGCCUCUUCGCCUCCGGACCCGUCAAAUUCUCUAAACCAAGAGACAAAAUCGACCAAGACGACGAUCCCAUUUUCGUACUGAACGACAGGAUUCGCCGUGAUUAUAACGAGCGAGAUGCUUCCAGAACGGUCAUGGACUCGGAUGAGGCCGAAAAGUAUAUUCAGCUGGUAAAGGAGCAGCAGCAGAGGGGCUUGCAGAAGCUCAAGGGUGGUGGUGUUGGUGGGGGUGGGUUUAGUUACAAGGUGGACCCCUAUACUCUCCGUUCUGGCGAUUACGUUGUACACAAAAAGGUGGGUAUUGGGCGAUUUGUGGGGAUCAAAUUCGAUGUGCCCAAGGGUUCUACGGAGCCAAUCGAGUAUGUCUUUAUAGAAUAUGCAGAUGACAUGGCUAAACUUCCGGUCAAGCAGGCUUCUCGUUUGCUCUAUCGCUACAAUCUCCCAAAUGAAUCAAAAAGGCCCCGGACAUUGAGUAAAUUGAGUGAUACUAGUGUAUGGGAGAGGAGAAAGACAAAAGGAAAGGUUGCAAUUCAGAAAAUGGUUGUUGACUUGAUGGAGCUGUAUUUACAUAGGCUGAAACAAAGGCGGCCUCCCUACCCAAAAAGUCUUGCCAUGGCCGAAUUUGCAGCUCAAUUUCCUUAUGAACCCACACCAGAUCAAAAACAGGCUUUCGUUGAUGUGGAGAAGGAUUUGACUGAGAGAGAAACUCCAAUGGACAGAUUGAUUUGUGGAGAUGUUGGGUUUGGUAAAACUGAAGUUGCAUUACGUGCCAUCUUUUGUGUAGUCUCAGACAGAAAGCAAGCUAUGGUUCUAGCACCGACAAUUGUGUUAGCCAAGCAACAUUUUGAUGUUAUUUCAGAGCGAUUUUCUAUGUAUCGUGAUAUCAAUGUUGGACUCCUGAGCAGGUUUCAGAGCAAAGCAGAGAAAGAGCAGUACCUGGAUAUGAUAAAAAAUGGUCGAUUGGACAUUAUUGUCGGGACUCACUCACUUCUCGGAAGUCGUGUUGUGUAUAAUAACCUAGGUCUUCUUGUGGUUGAUGAGGAACAGAGAUUUGGUGUCAAGCAGAAGGAGAAGAUUGCUUCAUUCAAAACUUCAGUUGAUGUUCUUACUCUCUCAGCGACCCCUAUACCAAGAACCCUUUAUUUAGCAUUGACUGGUUUUCGUGAUGCAAGUUUGAUUGCAACUCCACCUCCAGAAAGGGUCCCUAUAAAAACUCACCUUUCAGCAUAUAGCAAGGAAAAGGUAAUAUCAGCCAUCAAGUAUGAGCUGGAUCGUGGUGGCCAAGUUUUUCACGUCCUGCCUCGUAUCAAAGGACUUGAGGAAGUUAUGGAAUUUCUUGAACAGUCAUUUCCAAAUGUUGAAAUAGCUAUUGCACAUGGGCAGCAAUAUUCAAAGCAGCUUGAGGAAACCAUGGAGAGAUUUGCUCAAGGUGAAAUAAAGAUCCUUAUAUGCACAAAUAUUGUGGAAAGUGGGCUCGAUAUUCAAAAUGCAAACACCAUCAUAAUUCAGGAUGUUCAACAAUUUGGCCUAGCACAAUUGUACCAGUUACGUGGAAGGGUAGGGCGAACGGAUAAGGAAGCGCAUGCAUACUUGUUUUACCCAGAUAAGUCACUACUGUCUGAUCAAGCAUUGGAGAGACUUGUAGCUCUAGAAGAAUGCCGUGAACUUGGCCAAGGAUUUCAACUGGCAGAGAGAGACAUGGGUAUUAGAGGUUUUGGUACAAUCUUUGGGGAGCAGCAGACAGGUGAUGUUGGAAAUGUAGGAAUUGAUCUCUUCUUUGAGAUGCUCUUUGAGAGCUUGUCCAAGGUUGAAGAGCAUCGUGUAAUUUCAGUUCCUUACCAGUCUGUACAGAUGGAUAUAAAUAUAAACCCUCACCUCCCUUCAGAGUACAUAAAUAAUCUGGAGAAUCCUAUGGAAAUAAUUAAUGAAGCUGAGAAAGCUGCUGAGAGAGACAUCUGGAGUUUGAUGCAAUUUACAGAGAAUCUGCGCCGCCAAUAUGGAAAAGAGCCAUACUCCAUGGAGAUUCUAUUGAAGAAGCUUUAUGUGAGGAGAAUGGCUGCGGAUCUAGGAAUAACUAAAAUAUUUUCUUCAGGAAAGAUGGUUGGCAUGAAAACAAACAUGACUAAGAAGGUUUUCAAGCUUAUAAUGGAUUCAAUGGUUUCUGAUGUUCAUCGAAAUUCUUUGGAUCUUGUGGGAGAUCAAAUUAAGGCAGAACUUCUUUUAGAGCUACCAAGAGAACAGCUCCUGAAUUGGAUCUUCCAAUGCUUGGCUGAACUUCAUGCUUCGCUACCAGCCCUAAUAAAAUACUAGCCAACAAAACACAAUCUAUCCAUCUCUGAUUCUUCUGGAUCGUGACUGAGCAUUGCUAGCAUGAAUCACAUGAAAAUGUUAAAGUCAGAACCCAACUAAUGCAACUGAUUUUAUGAACAUGCUCGUUCAGCUGUGGUUAGAUGGGAACUAAGCAAAUGUUAUGUCAACGGAUGCAUUUCUGAAAAUGUGGGGGAUGCAACCAUUGGAGACACGCUGGUGGGGAGGAGCAGCUGCUGUGUGAAAAGAAGGUAUUUGUUUUUUUUUUUUUUUUUUGGGGGGGGGGGGGGGGGGGGAGGGACUUCUUGUUACGUACAACCUCAGAUGUGGGGACAAUGUAUUCUGAAGCCUCAAAAAGUGCUCUUGUAACUGGGAAGGAAUAAUAAGGUAUAUAUAGAUGUUAAGGGCGGAGGGUUUGUUAUUCCUAUUUGUAGUCUUCGGUAUAUAUGUGACCGUGUGGAUUGGUUGUAUUAACUAUUAACUAUAAAGUGUGUCAUAUUAAUGUUUGAACGUACUAA